AUGGCGACAUACUUUAUUCAACAUGCCAAUUGCAUGGAACGUAAAGCAGAUGCGGUUUCUGAAUCAGGAGGCACAGUUAUUCGCUUGUCAUUUUCUCAUAUAGGAACUAAAAAACGGAACGAAAUACCAUAUGAAAUAUGGGAAAUUGCAAUUAAUAAUAAAGAUACAUUACUUAUUAUAAAAAAAGGACAAACAGUUUCUAAGUUUUCGCAUUUAUAUUUAUAUAAAACAAUUAACAAAGAUGAUAAAGUGAAAACCCAACAAUUUGGGUUGACAUUGGAUGAAAUUCACGUAUUAGUCCGAUACAAGCAACGUGCUCUCAUGUUGUUAGAAGAUGCCAUUGUUAAUCCGGAUUUUCCAGAGCCAUUCAAGAAAAUUAAAAAUGAAAAUUAA